AUGCUGUGGAGGCUUCGCCCCUCAGAUGCUGACAUCGAGCUCAACGCCUACUCGCGUGGGAGCCUCAGGCAUCUAGGCCCGGAAGAUCCACAAAGCGCCAAGCUUCGGACCGGUGGCCUCUUCGUGGGGACGAAUGCCGAGCGGCUUGCCGAAUACAAGCGCUUCGCCGAGACUGGCAAGUAUUUCGGCAUUGAAAGCCACAUCUUAUCGCCCUCGGAGGUGAAGGAUGUACAUCCGCUCCUGCGGGUUGACGACAUCUAUGGGGGUGUCUACUCCCCAGGUGAUGGUACCAUUGAUCCGACCAGCAUUUGCAAUGCUUACGCGAAGGCCUCCCGAAAGUUCGGCGGUGGAGUCUACGAGAAUGUCGGUGUCAGCGGUAUAGAGGUCGAGGACUACCUCACAGCUGGGUCAGCGCCUGCAAGGCGAAUCAAAGCAGUUCUGACGGCCUGCGGCAAGCGGAUCGAGACCCCCACGGUGGUCAACGCCUGCGGCGCAUGGGCGAACGAGAUCGCAGCCAUGGUAGGUGUGCAGAUACCUUUGAAGGCCAUGAAGCACGCCAUGGUCCUCACCGAGCCCAUUGCCGGCAUGCACAGCGGUUUGCCCAAUGUGCGUGACCACGACCUUAGCGUUUACUUGAAGACGCAAGGCGACUCUAUGGCCAUCGGCGGCUAUGAACAGAAUCCGGAAUUCUGGCCAGAUGUGGAUCCUGGCUUUUCUUUUGGGCUUUUCGAGCUCGACUACGACACUUUUGGGCAGAAUCUGGCUGGGCAUAUGCAGCGAUGCCCAGUGAUCGAGGAGACUGGGAUCAAGUCGACGGUUUGUGGGCCGGAGUCUUUCACGCCGGAUCACAAGCCUCUCAUGGGCCCUCAUCCUGGCGUCCGCGGCUUUUACCACGCUUGUGGAUUCAACUCCAUGGGCAUGAUGUUGGGUGGAGGCUCUGCCUGGGUUAGAGUGGGGGAGUUGGGAUCCCAUAAAAAACAAAACACGCCUGCAGCCCAACCUUUGCUCUAG